AUGCAGGGAACAGAUCUGCUGAUACGCGUUGCUAGGCGGCUUCCUGUUGAUCGUACCCGAGGCUGGAACAAGCAUGUCUCACGUAUAUCGCAGUCUAGAGAACCAUCACUACGGGACUUGAGGGAUUGGUUAGCCGAAUGCGUGGAGGCUGAGUAUAACCCGUAUGCUGUGAAGAGCGCACCGAAGGGAAAGUCAACCAAGGAUGUGGACGCAGUCUCUUUCAACACUAAGAUCACGUCGACUGGGACCAAAGCUAAGCCGAAGAAGGAAACGCCAUUUUUCAAGAAAGAAGCGCCGUCCUUUAAGAAAGACCAGAAAGAAACUACGUCGAAGCAGUUACCAGCAUGUUCGCUUUGCAAAGAGUCUCAUGCGUUAUAUCGAUGCUUUCGUUUCCUCAACAAGAAUUCAGAAGAGAGAAACAAAUUCACCGCAGAAGCCAAGCUGUGUCAGAACUGUUUGCGACCGAACCAUGGAGCCGAAAAAUGUCCGUCAAACUUCACUUGCCGGGAGCCGGGAUGUGGUCAGGUCCACCAUACUCUACUUCAUGAAAAGGUUACAGCACGGAAUGGAUCAAUGAAUGCUGGAUGCGGGAGUAGACCUUGUACAUUCUUCCAGCUGGCGAGGGUCUAUGCAUUGGGAAACAACGGUCGAUGGAUACCAACCGUAGCGUUCUUGGAUUCAGCCAGUGAGAUCACCAUCAUCGACAAGUCAUUGGCCAAGGACCUUGGUUUGAAUGGGAAGUCCAAGCAGCUUACUGUAAAGACACUCAAUGCGGAAACGACAGAGAUGAGUCAAACCGUCACGAUGCAGCUGAAACCAGUCAACGAUCCUGAUGGGAAUAGCAUCCGAGUAGAAGAAGCAUGGGUUGUUGGAGACAGUCACUUCCAGUGUCCAUCACAACGAGUAUCUGCAGAUUGGGAACACCUCAACGGUCUUGGUUUGUCAGACAUCGACUCAAGCGAAUUAAAGCUACUCAUCGGUAUCAACGUUGCUAGAGCACAUCUUCAGUUUGACACUCGGAUAGGAGAGGAUACACAGCCUAUCGCGGUCAAGACCCCACUUGAUUGGACUCUGCUUGGAACCUCCGAUCAAGCCACGUCAUCAUCUGCCAAUGUCAAUAUCAUCAACGCCAAGGACGCUGAACUAAAGGAAGAGAUUGAACGUUUCUGGCGGUCAGAAUCAUUUGGAGUCCGACAUGUUGAGGAGUCUUCACUCUCAAUUGAAGACAGAAAGGCGAUACAGAUACUGGAGGAAACAACUCGAUUGGUAAAUGGUCACUACGAGAUUGGCAUGCUCUGGCGCGACUCGGAAUCUCCGCUGCCUGACAAUAAGUCUAUCGCGAGUAAAAGACACUAUCUUUUGGAGAAAAAACUGAAUCGAGAUGAAGAUGUCAAGUGUCUCUACACAGAAACACUCGAGGGCUAUGUCAGUAAAUGUUUUGCGAGGAAGCUGUCAGAGGAGGAGGCCGUACAUCGCUCACCAAAGACAUGGUACAUCCCCCACCACGGGGUGACAAACGUCAAUAAGCCUGGGAAAAUCCGUGUGGUUUUCGACGCUGCUGCCACCUGCCAGGGAAUAUCGCUCAAUGACACUCUGAUGACUGGUCCAGACCUACUUAAUAGUUUAUUUGGCGUAUUGCAACGAUUCAGAGUCUACAAAAUAGCCAUAUCAGCAGAUAUAGAGGCAAUGUUCCACCAAGUACGAGUACCGAGUCAUGAUGCAGACGCUCUUCGAUUUCUAUGGAAAGGAGACACAUUUUCCAUGGGAGUUCACAUUUUUGGGGCGAAGGACAGUCCGACAUGCGCCAAUUAUGCACUGAAGCGAUGUGCCAUGGACAAUAUCCACAAAUAUAGUCAAGAAGCUGCAGAAACCGUUCUCAAAUCCUUCUAUGUUGAUGACCUGGCAAAAUCGAUACAUGGAGUCCAAGUUGCGAUUGGUCUAGCACAGGAGGUCACCAACAUAUGUGCUGAGGAAGGCUUCAGAAUCUGCAAAUGGUUGUCCAAUAGCCUAGAGUUUCUCGAAAGCAUUGAGGAAUCUGAACGUACCAUCAAGGAGCUCAGUUUCACAGAGGUGAAUACCCACCGACCGCUUGGACUCAAGUGGAAGAUCGACGAGGAUUACUUCUUCUUUGAUAUUCAGCCAAGGAACGUCGUAAUGACAAAGAGAGGAGUCAUCAGCGUCUUCAGCCAAAUAUUUGAUCCCUGCGGUUUCCUUGCACCAUUUGUCUUCCGGGCCAAGCUAUUUGUCCAAGAAUUAUGGAGAGCAGGACUGGACUGGGAUACCCCGCUGGAUCUACAACUUGAAGAGAAAUGGAGGACAUGGCUAGAUGAACUCACUGGUCUGUCUAAGUUUAGACUACAGAGAUGGCAUCCGUACCUAACACCUGAGGCAUCAGAUAUCCAACUUCAUAUCUUCUCCGACGCGUCAGAAUUAGGAUUUGCAGCUGUAGCAUUUGUACGCUAUGAGCCCGACGACAGCCAGAUUGAGUGCUCUCUACUUGCGGCAAAAACCAGUUUGGCACCUAUCAAGCCAUCAUUCUCAAUACCGAGAUUAGAACUACAAGGUGCUGUCAUGGCCAGUCGACUUGGGAACACACUCUCCAGAGAAUUACACUUGAAUCUCUCCGCAGUAUGGUAUUGGACCGACUCCACAACUGUCAUCCGCUAUAUCAGUAACGAAACAAAGCGAUUCAAGUCGUUCGUCGCCAACAGAGUCUGCGAGAUACUGGAGACAACGAAAUCAACUCAAUGGUGGUACAUACCCAGCAAGCUCAAUCCAGCUGAUUGCUGUUCCAGAGGUGUCAAGGCUGAUGCUCUUUGUCGAGAUGCACAAUGGUCAGAUGGACCGUUCUUCCUGCAACUUGAAGAGAAAAAUUUGCCACAACUCAAAGGAGAAGCAGACGAAUCACAGGACGACGAUGAGAUCAGGAAAACAGAAUCUACAACAGUAAAGUCUACCAUCUUCAACAUCGGGCAGAAAGGAGAGACGCCAAUGGUCGUUGAUGUAACAGGCAUGAUCAAUACAACAGAUAGUAGAUGGGUGAGACUGGUUAGACGUACUGCCUGGUUGAAGCGUGCGGUAAAAAACUUUGCAAGCCCGAUUCUUCGACUUGGGGUGGAGUCAUGCCGCUCUGAGAGUAUCACUGCCGCGGAAUAUUGGGAUGCAGAACUUGAUUGGAUACACGCAGCUCAGCAAGAAUGUUUUCGUGAAGAGAUGGACGAAUUGCGAGAGUAUGGAAGGCUUAAAAGGAAAAGCAAGAUUUCGCCGUUACUUCCAUUCCUUGAUGAAGCUACAAACUGUCUUCGAGUUGGCGGUCGUUUGGAAAAAGCUGACAUACCCGACGAGACAAAACACCAGUUGAUCCUGCCCUCUGAUCAUGUGGUCACGUCACUACUCUUCGACGACGUGCAUCGAAGAAACGUCCACUGCGGUCGGGAACACCUUGUUGCAGCUAUGAGAGAGAGGUACUGGCCGGUCCGAGGAAGAUCCAAUGCAAAAAUCACUAUCCACAACUGUCUGCUAUGUCGAAUACGUCGUGCCAAGCUGGUCGUCCCAAGAAUGGCAGUUCUUCCGGAGUUCCGUAUGUCAGCAUCUUCUGGAGUCUUCCAUCACACUGGUCUGGACUAUUUCGGACCUUUGUAUGCCAAAGUACGAAGAUCCACAGUCAAGCGAUGGGGGUGCUUAUUUACCUGCUUAAGCACCAGAGCUGUACAUCUAGAACUAGCCGAUACCCUGGAGACAGACGAUUUCUUGCUCUGUCUAAGAAGAUUUAUUGGUCGCCGAGGUCAACCGAGAAGCAUCCACAGCGAUAAUGGCACUAAUUUCCGAGGGGCUAGCAACGAACUCAAAGAAUGUCUACAUAGCCUGAGUCAGCCGAAAAUCCGAGAGUUCCUGUCUCCCCUGUGUGUGGAAUGGCACUUACACAUAAUAGCGAUGAUCAAGCAGACUAUACGGCGUUGA